AUGGCCACCCGAACAGGUCAAAGUAAUCCCAUACCGAUCCCUGGUCAUUCGACGGCAUCCAGCCACGCGCACAGUCAUGUCGAUCUCGCAGAGUCCUCUUCCAGCUCCGGCAGGAGCUCUCGCCCUCAAUCGGAUGGUAGCGAGCGCAGCGAUGGUAGCUCAGAUUUGAUAUUUGGCCCCAUGGACAUGACUCCGCCAUCGACGAGCCCUGUGCCCUCGAGAAGCAGCUGGGAUAGUGGUCAGCAGUUCCCAUUGUCGACGAUUCCUCCAAACAAUUCUGCACGGUCGACGUGUGCUUCGUGCACGCGGCCGGUCCCCCCUGGCUGCACGCUAUGUGAAGUAUGCCUCAGCCACGCAGCGAGCGCUUCCGGUAUGAACUCCCAUUCGACUACAAGGCCCGUCAGUGGCCGUCGAUGGUCGGGAGAAUUCUCGCAGCAGGUUGUCCCGGGAACGUCUCAAUCAGAUAAUCGACGCAGCAGUGACAGGCAGAUGCGAACGAGAAUACCCCUCGUCACCCGAAUGGACGCCACGCACCCUCCACCAACACCCAAUAUGCUUCCUCACAACGCGGGAGGUCGUAGCUCGCUAGCUCCCUCUGUGCUUUCGGCUCAGACUCAAUGCAAACAAACAAAGCAUCGCUCGUAUGACGGCACUUCGAAUGUUUUCGGCUGA